CUCGAUCAAAAGAAGCAAACACACAAUUUUGUCAAUAUUUUCUUGCACAUUUUUGCAGACAUAGGUCAAUCAAUCAAUCGAACACAGCGAAAUUCGAAUCACUUGUCACUUGUUUGUGUUGUUUUUAACUUGAUAAGUGUACGCGAUGCGCGUCCUUACUUUCAACUACAUACUAGUACGAUGGCUUCAUCCCAGGUUGAUCUGGUCCUGGGCCCGUGUCUCUUCCUGUGCCCUGUGUUUCGCUGAUUAUUGAUUACUCAUGACGCGAGCAACUCUCUGGAAGCUUCAUACAUGCAAACACAGCAGAUACCACUCCCCAAGACCGUCUCGAUCAUGGCAAUGAUACUGUCGACACGAGCACCGAGGACACAGAAACACCUGUAUAAGUAACAUGUGCAACCAUGACCUCCUUCCCCAUAACAAGAACCCUCUUGCGAGGCUUGCUGAGCGAAAACGCGAAUCUACUGUCCCCAAUCCUGCAGUGACCCAGUACAUCGAAGAACGGAAGUAUAAUGAAAAUGAUAUCGGCCGACGUGUCACGUCAUCUGCGUCACGGCUCGCAUUAAGGUUGCGCUCGCCUAUAUUCACUCCUCUCCGUGUUCGGCCGUUUUGCAUCCCAACACUCCCCCUCGAGCGGAACCUAGCGCCAUUGAAGCUCUCAACUUCUGAGGACAUCUUGAUCCUGGAAUAUCCGGCCCAUCUGAACAUCUGA